CAAGAAGGGAGGCAAACUGACAGAAAAGGCUAAAACAAGAGUCCUAGAGCUGUUUUGUUUUUGGACUGGGGGAUAUAAUUUUGUGUUUUGCUCAUCAACAUUUAAAAAAAAAAUCUGCUGAAAGCCACGAUGCACUCAGCACCCUGAGCGAGGACUGAGGCAUCCACUGGAAACCAGCAGAGAGAGCCUACAAGAUGACCUCAGGGGCUGAGGAUGUGAUGUGGAGCUGAAACAGACACAUACAGUGAUAGAGGGCUACCCACCGACCACCAUCAGACGCACGGCUGUCGACAAACCAAUCAAUGUCAAGCACAGGGAGAAGCAGCCCACGUAGGUGAUGACGACAGGACAUAGGGCUGCGGUGAUGGGAGAUGUAAGCUGGUGCAAUGUGUGGUGGGGCAGAAGAGGGCUUGGGAUGUUAUUGCUGUUGUGGAUUUUCACUGCAGUCCCGCCAUCCUACCCCCAGCCUCCCCUCCCUCUCUCCCUGCCUGUCCAGAUGUCAAUUGUUCCCCCUCCUUGGCAGUUCCUGCCCCUGUCCCAGGCUGAUCUGGGGCCACUCUUCUCCAACUCCAGCCCGUUCUCCUUCUCCCAGAGCCUCCUGGUGGUGCCACCACCUGGCCAGGCCUCCAGACCGGGCCUCCAGGCCUCAUUCGGGACUUAUUCAGUCACACAGCUCAUAUCAGAGCCCGUGCUCCCUCUCUCCCCUCCUCUGUCGGCUGCCCUGCUGUCUGAGCAUGUGGAAAGAGAGAGGGAUGAGGGAGGGAAGGAGAGGUUCAGGGUGAGGGCACUGUUCCACAUGCGGGGCGAGGGCAGCACCCGAGGGACCUGCGUCACCCUGCACGCCUUCAAGGAGACAGAGGAGCACAAGGCCUCCUGCAUCACACAGCCUCCUCUGGGACUCUGCGUGGUGACUCUGACGCUGCCCAACAGCUGGUUUGAGGAGGAACAGCUCGACAAACCAUACCACGGUUUGGGCAAGAGGCUCAGACACCGCCACUACCGCCGCUGGGCGCAGAGCAGGGAGCUUCAGCGGGGGGCCCAUCGUCUGGGGGGCCUAAUCAGCCACCGCUGGCCUAGUGACAACAGUAGAGCCGGUGGAGCAGCUUCUCUCUCUCUAAGAUACCAUCCUGGUGUUGAAGAGGACACUGGCAUGCCAGGGGCCCUCAGAUACCAGCGGGGCCCCAACAAAGACCGAAUCCAGCUCUACUACUCCACCUUUGGUACAGUGGCCAACCUGAAGCUGUCACCACCUAGAUGUGUGGAGGACAAGCUGCCUCAUUCCCAGAGGCAGCUCUUCUUCAUCAAAGCAGUGGCACUGAGAGAAGAGGGGGAGAAUAAAAAAGAAAGGAACAGCACCAAAGAAGAGGAAGCCUGUUUGAAUGGGCAGGAAGAGGAGGAGCUCAGCUUGGACUCCCAUGUUCUGAUUCGCUAUCACAGGGGGCCUGUCCAGAUAGGACAGCCAAUCGGGGUCUCUGUGAAUCUGAGGGCCAAUUUCAGUGCUGAGUUUGUUAUUAUAAGGCUAAAGGUGAAGAAGGGCUUGGUGUCAAUGGUGGCCCAGCGAACUUUGACCUCUGACCUGUGGGCAGUGACCCUGGAGAGAACCCAGGGCUCAAAACACGACAUCGUCUCCAUCAUCUGCCACAAGCUCCCCACACACAAGCACACACACAGUCCCUCUGUCCUCCAGCAGGUGGUGUGUCUGUCCGUCGACGGUCUGAGGCGGAGUUUCGGUGUUGCCAUGACAGUGUCGGCUCAUUGGUCGCUGGAGUACUCGGGGCGUAAUAACUCUCCAUCACCAUACGGGGCAGCAGUGAGCGUCUUCUCUUUCGCUGACCGCCACAUCGUCGGCAUCGCUCCCAUCAUGGAGAGCGACACGAUCAUCAACACAGCCAUACUGACCAACGAGCCUGUGUCCCUUCCUGUUAUUGUGCUGGCCACAGGGCAUGAUGGGAAGGUGUCUGAUGUCACCACCGCCGUCACGUGUCAUUCGACCAACGAGAACAUCAUCAAGGUGUCCAGCGAUUGCUCAGCCAUCUUUGUGGACGGCAGUGAGUCAGGAGUGGGCAGCACCUGUGUGGGGGUGGAGUUUCUCCUGGGCACGCUCAGCGGCUCCGUGUGUCUGGCAGUGUGGGCUCCCUCAGUGCCCCUGCGAGUGUCCCUGGAAGACCCCGUUCUGAACGCCAUAGACGGCUGGAACUACUUCACCGAGCAAGGGUGCUCGCCGGUGUUUCAGCGCUCUUCAGUUCAGGUUCUGACUCAGUUCACGGCCCAGGACACCCAGAGCAGGACCACACACCUCCUGGGCUCAUCCGAUUGGUUUGUGGAUGUAACAGAGUUGGUCCGUAACUGGCUAAGAGUGGAGGACCCCCGGGUGGCGUCCCUCGGCACGCAGAAUAACCUGGUUGGCUUACAGCCUGGAAAGACAUCGCUGCAUGUCAUCUCUGGUCAGUGGGAUGGGGUGCUUGGAAGUUGUGACAUCACUGUGACCUCUGACCCGGUCUUGCCCGGAGACCUCUCUGUGCAGGUAGUGAGCGGCCUGGGCAUGUCAAUCAUGGCCAGCCCCGCCCACCCCUCCAUAGUCACAUCGACAGUGACAGCCUACAACAUCCUGUACAACCACCAACAGGAGGCAUCCAUCAGUGUCUGGCUCCAGUUCAGCGAUGACACCGCCUCCCUCCUUUCCGCCUUCAGUGGCAUUCCCUUCUUCCUGCGUGUCUCCUCAUUGGCUGAGACUGUGGCUGUCGUGAUGCCUGGCCCCACCCAGCGCAUAAUUGCCCGUGGAGAUGGAGGCGGGCCCUUGCUGAGGGCAGAACUUCUAGUGUCAACCUGCGUCGAUCAGCCGAUCACGUCCAACUCCAUCGCUGAAGGCAAUGUGGAGGGGAAGGAACACGGAGGAAGGGGUGGGACGAGGAGGCUGGCGAAGGGAUCUGGUUGGAUAAGAGUAAAUCUGGACUCCGAGCUGUUUGAGCCAGUCGGGAAUGAGGACGGAGAGGCCGAGGAGUUUGAGUUUGACAUUUCGGACACACUGGUGGAAUCGGACGGUGACGUCUACAUGACAAAUUUUGAUGAGCACAUUCCGAGCCAGAACGUAAGCACUGGUGGUGACUAUUAUGAUAAAAUCAUGGGGAAGGUGGUUAAUAGAAACUGGAACAAUGUGGGAAAGGGCAGGAUGGUCACACGGAACAAUCUAGAAAGAGCCGUGCUAAUGCCAAACCACGAGGAGAGCGCCGUCUACUUCUCUCCAAGCCAGGAGAAGGAAGGAGGGUGGCGAGAGGAGAGAGAGCAAGAGGACGAGGAGCAGCAGGGAGACCGGGAGCUGGAAGUCGGGCUGGCUGCUGUCCUCUCUCUCCUCUGUCUCUCCACCAUCCUCUUUCUGGCAAACUGCCUGCCCUGUGCCCUGAGAGAGAGGAGGAGGAAAACCACAACAAAAGACGAGGAGGAGGAGGAAGGAGACAUCGAUGGAGUUGCAGACAAAGACCAGGAGCAAAAGCGGUGGAGGAAGAAAGAGGUAGAAGGCAAGGAAAGGGAAGAGGAGGAGUGGAAGAAGCCCGACGCUGAGGAGACAGAAAAACACGAGCAACGGGAGAAAAAGGAGGACGUUAAGGAAGUCGAGAUAAUUUGCUGAUAUCUGUGAGGGCCAUUUCGGAGACUUAGUUCUUAAGUACAAAUGUUAGGGAAAAAGAUGACGUAUGAUGAUGUAAGAUGAUGUAGAGACAAUAUUUUUGUACACUGCGGGGCUUCCUAAACUCGUUCAUACCAGGACUCAAAUCAGAGGGACACAGUUUCUGAUUUGGGUUGUGAAAAAUGUUUGUAACCCACCAGCAACAAGCCCAGUUUGGGUCCUGAACCGUGGUUUCAGAAAGCUGUAACUGAGCCCAUGUUGUUGUCUGUCGUUUGUGUUUGUGUACGUGUCUUUGCUGAUGUAGACUGGGUGUUUGUGUCAAGCUGGCAGUUUGAUAGUGAUUUAUUCGUCCUGUCACCUGUCUCUACUUAAGGCUAGCCUUGACAGAGAUCUCCUUCUCCCUCAGACUUCUGUUUUCUACCAAACAGAGAGAAUUUCUGGGGUUUCCACUUCUGCUGCCCAGUAGAAGAUGUUUUCUCAGGGAAAGAGUGAAGUGGGCAGAGAAAAAUGGAGCUCCUGGAGGCAAUAUUCACUCACUGUGUUGAAGAGGUACAAAUUAUCAGGAGCAUUAACAAAUGCUACUUCCCUGCUCUGAUUCAGAUGGACAGUUGGAGAGACCAAUGAGACAAAGGUGUGGGUAUUGUUGACCUUAUUCAGGCUUGGUUUAUCACACAAACAUUUAUCAUUUCACUGACUCACAUUGGAAAACAUUAGAACACUAAGGGAUCUAAGAGUUCAGGGGGCUCUCACUUCAUAUUUUAAUAUAUUCUGUCCGUUAGUGUGAGCUACCAGGGUCUACCCACAUUAGCAGGCAAGCAGGGUACCAUUCAGUCAGCUGGCUAGCUCACUUGCUAAAUUCAAGGUGUUACAGUUCUUUUUCCACAGAGUUAAAUUAAUAUAAUUUCUCAGUGGUUCUGUCGAUGAAAUGCUCUUUCUCACAGUAAUCGGGGACCUUGUUCGAGGCUUUUUGUUCUGUGCGGAGGAGAAAGCCUGCUGUAUUUACAGCCGGAUUUCACACAGGCACAAGAUCCAGGUUUUCACCCUUUGUGCCACACAUCUGCUCUUUUUAUGACUGCCAUAAGCCAUGUGGAACGGGCUAAAAAUGAGAUGUCUUUGUUCCUGGAGGAAAUCCACUCUACAUGCCUGUUUGUAUGCAAUGUCUGUCUGACGUGUUUCAUUUUGACAGGGGGAUUUGUUGUCACAUCUGUCUCUUUGGAAAGUACAAAUCGUAGAGAAAAUAUUUCCUCACAAGAGCACUUGUGAUUCAUCGUGAAUAGGGAGUCAUUUAGUCAAUCAAACAGCACUUUAGAAAGUGUUUUUGUGUAAAUCUGUUUGAUGUAUACAUUUGUUAGCAACAAUGGUGCAAGUCAGAUGGACAAAGUAUUCCUCCAAAGUUCCUCAAAGUCCGGUUCACUUCCACCUGGUGUGUGUGGAAAGCCAGUGAAGUGAAGUGAGAGCUUUCUGAUGGUCGUAAUGGAGCUGUGUUCAUGAUACACCAGACCAGCUACACAGCACUGCACCAGCCUCGCAGCUCCUAGAAGGGCAGCUGAUGUACCGUACAAUGUAAAUACGCUGACUCAUGACUUUCUAACUGAAUCACUUGAAGCUCUGGUCAGCUCAGACUCUGAACUCUGUGACUUUCAGGACAUACUGUAUGUAGCAGCGUGACACCAACCAUGUCCACUUCUUUUUCAUGUCAUAUCACUCAGUCUGAAAUAAAGGUUGCUGUACAGGUCUGUUUUCCAAAGG